AUGGCGCGGUUAUGGCUGCCCCUGCUGCUAUCGCCUUACGCCGCGCGGGCAUGCGCGUUGGACAACUUGACGCGCGCCUGCAUGAGCGGAAACACCACUGCCCAUGAGUGGCCCUAUGAAGACUGUUGCGAUGCCUACAAGGAACUCAACGAGAGCGUCUGGUGCGCCGCCGGCGUGCGGAACAGUUCAGGAUUCCAGGCGCUGAACGCCUGGUCAGGAGACGGCUACGGCGCCUACCGCGUCGCGGACGAGUGCGGCGCGGCGCUGCCGCAAUGUUUCGUCGACGCGGACCGAGAAGCGACAGCGAUCAAGCUGACGAAGCUCAUCGACUGGGGCCCGAGCUACGAGGACGACACCCUCAAAUGGGACGCCGAGAUGACGGCGAUUUGCCACGCCGACAUCGAGUACUGGCAGCCGCACAUCGGCGCUUAUAUAGGACGAAACGAGUUCAUCGAGUACGCCUACACGCUGUCGCCGAAGUUCAAUGGUGGUGCGUUCCUGCACUCGCCGAUCAACAUCGUCGACAUUGCAAAAGGCGAGGGCGACUGGGUCAUGAACUACACGUGGCGCACGGCCGCCGGGUUCAACGACGAGACGCUCGACGGAAAGCCGGACGAGACAACCAUCCUAAAGCUAGGGUUCUCCGACGACCCGGGCCAGGCCUACCGCCUGACCUACACGGAGUUCUCGCGACCGACCUACGAGUUCAUGUCGCAGAUCUCGAUGACGCCCACCGUCUUGUGCGGCACGGCGCUGGCGUACUGCCCCGGGACGCUCUUCCCCUACGACUCCAUGGACGCCUGCGUGAGCUACCUGACCGAGACCGUGCCGGGGGCCUGCCUCGACGGCGCCGGCGGCUUCUUCAGCGGGGACACGCGCGCGUGCCGCCAGAUGCAUCUGCAGCUCGCGCUGCUGGACCCGAUCGUCCACUGCCCCCACCUGGGGCCCGACUCGGAGAAGUGCACGGCCGAGGCGCGGUCCGGGUCGCGCGUGACGGCCUACUGCGGCGCGACGUCGCCGCCCUUCGGCCUCGAGCGCGACGCGACGCGGCCGGGCCUCGCCGCGUCCGGCGUCGCGUUCCUGCUCGUCCCGGCGGUGCUGGCGCUGGUGCUCGUGGCGGCCGGCGCGCGGGGCUGGGGCGACGUCGCCGCGCCGGCGGCGCCCGAGCCGACCGACGCGCGGCGCCGCCUCAUUCACCUCGUGAGCUCGAAGUCGCUCGCGGACAGCUCCCUGCGUCGGUCGCUGGGCUCCUCGGUCUCGCUCCUGUCGCUGCCGCGCGACGCGUCGGGCCUGGAGCUGUCGCCGAUGCGGCGCGACGCGUCGCCGCUGCGCGACCGCCCGGACUGGACCUCUCUCUCGCACCGGCCGGUCCCUCGCUUCGUCGACGACGACGCGUGCAGCGGCGCGCCGCCCGCGGCCGAAGACGACGGCGCACAUCCGGACGAGCUGCCGGCGCGGCGCGUCGGCAUCCAGUUCCGAGACAUAGCCAUCGACGCGAUCUCUUGGCGCGGCGAACCGAGGCGGCUCGUCCGGGGCCUCCACGGCGCCGUCGCGCCGGCGACGCUCACGGCCAUAGUCGGGCCGUCGGGAUCGGGCAAGACGACACUACUCAAAGUCCUGGCGGGCCGCGAGGCGCUCUAUGGCUUGAAGGCGACGGGGCGGCUCCGCGUGACGGAGUACGGCGACAAGGCGACGCCGCGGUCGCGCGCCUGGGCGGCGGCGCGGUCGCAGUACUCGUCCUUCGCGACAGAAGUGCCCCUCACGGGCGCGCUGACCUGCGGCGAGCAGCUGCGGUUCUACGCCCUGACGAUCCCAGCGCUGAACGCGUCGACCGCGGCCCGCCUCCAGCGCGCGGCGGCGGUGGCGCUCGAGACGGGCCUGCGGGCCCACGACGGCACGCGGGUCGACCGGUUGUCGGAGGGCUUGUACCGGCGACUGCUCGUGGCGAUCCGGUUGCUGGUCUUGCCGUCGAUUCUCUGUCUCGACGAGCUCACGACGGGCCAGGACGCCGGCACGGCGCUGGCGCUCACGAUGGGCGCGGGGCAGUUGACGCGACGCGGCUUGGCGGUCGUCGUCGUCGUGCACCAGCCGGCGGCGGAGCUCUUCGCCCUCUUCGACCAGGUCAUCGCCGUGCGGCCCGGAGGCGCGGGCUGCGACGUCGCCUCGCCGCAAGCCAUCUGCGACGCCGUCGCCGCGCUCCGUCCACGACAACCCAACUUGGCGGCGAACCCAGCCGACGUGCUGCUCGGCGACGCGCUCCAGGGCAGCGAGAUCUUCGCGCCGCCGCCCGACUUCGUAUCCGCCGUCGUUCCGGCCGAGAAGGCGACGCUGGCGCUCGGCGUCGACGCGCUCUGCCUCCGGACCGCGGCGCUCAAGGCGGCUCGCUUCUACCGCGCGAGCGGCCCGGGCCAGGUGUUUGGGUAUCUCGCGACGGCCAUGCUGCUGGCGCUGGUGCUCGUGACGCUGUUCGAUCGCGUCGACGCGCCGCGGGAGCCGGCGUCGACGGCGGAAGGCGGCGACGUCGUCUUCAUCCUGUUCGUGGGACUUACCACGUUGUGUGGCAUCUCCAAUUUCCAGGUGAACUGCGGCGCGUGCCCCAUCGAGUGGAAGCGCUUCGAGCGGAACGCGGCGUCGCAGUACGACAGCCCGCUCGCGCACUGGCUCUUCGUCUGCGGGCGGGACGUGCUCGUGGUCACUUCCGGAGCGACGCCGUAUUUUCUCGCGACGUACGCGGGUUGCAGAAUGGAUGGGUCCGGCGGGGGGCGGCUCGCGCCGUGUGUGGUCGUGUUCCUGCUGGCGCAGCACGCGUUCCACGCGGCGGGGUCGCUGUUUUACUACGUGAGCACGCCGAAGGAGUCGGCGCUCUGUGGCAUCGCUUUCUCCGGAGUGUACAACUUUAUCAUCUUCUUGCUGGCCGGCGUCGUGGUGCCGCUGGCGCAGAUGCCGCCGUUCUGGCGGGGCAUCGCGAAGCUCUUGCCCGGGGCGAACGCGAUGGGGCUGAUGGUGUUCUACCUCUUCGCGGACCGGCCGUUCGACUGCGACGCGCUGGCCCAUCCCACCAUUUGUAGCGACGGCGACGUCGUCGUGGAGCACUUUGGCUUCGAGAAGUUCGAGGACCGCGUGGGGUCGGCGGUCGCGGUGAUCGUCUUGAACUACGUCCUGGCGCGGCUCCUGCUCCUGGCGAUCCUCGUCCGGUCGGCCUGCCGCCGCGGCACCGCGCCCUUCGGCCCACCGCCGGUCGACGAUGAUGGCUCGUCGAUGGGCCCGGACUCGCCGCUCACCGUCGACUCGGACAACACGGUCUGGUCCGUGCGGCACGCGGAGAGCGGGUCGCCAAAGCUCUGGCCGGGGGACCAGGCGUCUUCUCUGCGGUCGGCGGAGGCGGUCUAGUAGUCUUCUCUGUCGUUGUAAGCACGGGUUGUUUUAUUGUUGAUCUUUGAACAGACUUCUUCUCUGCGGUCGGCGGAGGCGGUGUAGUAGUCUUCUCUGUCUUUGUAAGCACGGUUUGUUUCCUUGUUGAUCUUUGACCGAACUUCUUCUCUGCGGUCGGCGGAGGCGGUGUAGUCCUUGUAA